CACAUGUUUGAUAUUGUGUUACAUGUUACAUUAGUUACAUACAGUAUACAUGCGCACUAUGAUCGAGCGAUAGGAAUGGAUUUAUCCCUUCGUUCCCAUCGGUUUUCGUACACUGGAUUAAAGUGAUUAGAAUUUGGUUUUAUUCUGAUACUUUGACAGAUUUUCUGUAAAAACUGGCUGUGGUUUGUUCAUUAUAAAUAAGAAUUUGUCGCUAUACAAUGAAGAGAGUAAUUAUUUUUGUUAAUGGGACUGAUGUUAAUGGCAAGGUAUUUGUAGUGACUCAUUCAUUAGACGAAUUAUUAACAGCAGCUAGUGCAAAAUUUGAAAUAACUGCAAAGAGAAUUUUUACGUCACAAGGUGGUGAAAUUGAUGAUGUUAAACUCAUUAGGGAUGAUGACAUUUUGUAUGUUACAAGUGGAGAAAAUUUUAUAUAUAGAAAUAAAAUUUUAUGUCAUAAUCAACCAAUGAAGAAUUCAGAAUGGAUUACACUAAACGUUGGAGGGAAAUAUUUUACCACAACUAGGGAUACUUUGACUAAAAAAGAGCCCAUGAGUAUGUUAGCAAGAAUGUUUACAGAAACUGAAAAUAGUGAACAUGCGAUACAGCCAAGUAGACAAGAUCAUCGCGGAGCAUAUCUGAUUGACAGAAGUCCUACGUAUUUCGAACCAUUAUUAAAUUAUUUGAGGCAUGGUCAAAUGAUGCUUGAUUCCAAUGUUAAUGUAUCUGGAGUUUUAGCAGAAGCUUGUUUUUAUGGUAUCGAAGGUGCUAUUCGAAUCCUUACUACAAUGUUGGAAAAGGAAGAACUGCAAAAGGAAGGUCUUGUAUCUCUAACUCGCAAAGAUGUACUUAAGGCAAUCAUGUCUACAUCAACUAAUGCAGAACUCAGAUUCCAGGGAGUUGAUUUUGUAAGAGCCGAUCUUUCGAAACUAGAUCUUAGGAAUAUUAACUUCAAGUACGCCAUUAUGCAUCACUGUAGUCUGGCAGGUGCUAAUCUGUCAGGAUGCUGUUUCGAACGCGCUGAUUUAUCCCAUGCCAAUUUGCAAGGCGCACAGCUUGUAUGUGUUAAAAUGUCAUGCGCAAAUCUAGCUGCAGCCAAUCUACACUCUUGUAAUUUUGAAGAUCCUAGUGGUCUGCCGGCAAACAUGGAAGGUGUAAAUUUGAAAGGUGCAAAUCUUGAAGGCAGCAACAUGGCAGCGGUCAACCUUCGAGUAGCUACAUUAAAAAAUGCUAUUCUUAGGAAUUGCAUUUUGAGAUCAGCUGUUUUAGCUGGUGCUGAUUUAGAGUGCUGUGAUUUAUCUGGCUCUGAUCUACAAGAUGCGAAUUUACGCGGCGCAAAUUUGAAGGAUGCUGCUUUUGAGUUAAUGUUAACGCCACUGCACAUGUCUCAAACAAUACGAUAACAAUGAAUGUCAUGCUGCACACAUUACUGCAGCUUAAAUUCAGUAUAAUAAACGUUUUAUAGUUUUAUAUAAUUUAUAUUAAUUUAAGUGUGAUUACAGCGUUGUAAUAUAUUAUAGUACUAUUUUUGUUGUACUUUAAAUACAAUAAGUAAUCUUAUUCUCAAACAUUGUUUACAAACAUUGAUUAUUAAAGUAAAAUUAUAGUAUUUAUUUUAA